UGUCGCAUAUAAGAAUUUAUGAUUUUAGAAAGAAGAAAGUACAUACUCAUAGUCGCAAACUUGCAAUUAAACUUUUCCCAGAGUGUUUAGUUUAUUAGUUUGUAUAUGGUCACACCUUGGAACUGAACUACUGAUUUGUGAGUGAUUAUAAAAAAUAUAAAACCCUGUCAGAUAGUGAAAAAUAGAACUUUGGUUGUUCUAGAGUCCAAUCGAGGUUAGAAAGUAGUGUCAUACUAAUAAGACAUUUGCCAACUGCCAAAAAUAUCUCUUUUUUUUUUGUAAAAAAAAUAAUUGAAUAUGACUAAAAUAUACGGCUUGCUUAUCACUAUGGUAAAUUUAUAAUGUAUGUCACAAAAUUUAGUUCACUCUUAAACUUCUCCUCGAGUGAUAUUACAAGAAUUAGCUUCAGGAUUCAAUCUACAAAACAACUAGCAGUAAGCAUGUCUACCUCAGCUUCUCCACCUAAUCUCUCUCUCAAAUCACGCCUUCGAAAUGGAGAGUGCUUGUAUGGGCUCUUCUUUGACACUUUCUCUCCCACCAUCGCCCAGAUUUCUGGGCAUGCUGGGUAUGAUUUUGUUGUAGUUGACAUGGAGCAUGGCUAUGGUGGGAUAUCCGAGGCUCUUUCUUGCCUCAACGCCCUUGCUGCCUCUCAAACUUCGGCAAUCCUACGAUUGCCAGAGUGUUCUGCCAUGUGGGCUAAGAAGGCCUUGGAUUUAGGUCCACAAGGGAUCAUGUUCCCCAUGAUUCACAACCCUGAGUUGGCCAAAGAGGCUGUAUCCUACUGUCGUUAUCCACGAGCUGGUAUUCGUGGGGUGGCCCAUCCUAUUACUCGGGCUUCCAAGUUUGGCUUUGAUUCAGAAUACCUAGACUGGUGUGAAGAGGAGUUGCUAAUCAUGUGCCAAAUUGAGUCCGAGGAGGCUGUUGAAAAGAUCCAUGGGAUCACUGCUGUGGAUGGGCUGGACUGUAUCAUGCUCGGGCCAACUGAUCUGAGUGCUAACAUGGGCUAUAUUAGGGAUCCAGGUAAUGAAAAUGCAGUGAAGGCGGUGCAGACGGUGGAGAAUGUAGUGUUAGACAUGCAAUCCAAGGGAAAUAAAAGUGUUUAUCUAGCCGGAUUUGCUAUGCCGCACGAUGAACCUAAGGAGCUCAAAAAGCGUGGGUAUAAUAUGAUUUGUGGUGCCGUUGAUAUUCUACUUUAUAGGGAUGCUGCCAUUAAGGAUGUUCAGAAGUUCAAAACUUCUAUCUAGGAAAAUGUUGCUACUAUGUUCCCAACUUGUAACAGCUAUUAAAUGUCUGCCAGUAUGUAGUUUUCAGGUGGGUGUGGGGGAGGGAAUUAAGAAUAAAUGAUAAUGAACUUCAUGUGUAUCUCUGUUCAAGUGUUUAUAUAUGUGUGUAUGAUCAAUCAAAUUAGCUAUAAGUACGACUUCACAUUGUAUUGGUUCUUUUGUGUCGCUGUUAUUGGAAUUUUGAAUCCGGGAACUUUGUGAAAUUGUUUUUUAUGUUUGUAUAUUUCAAGUGUCGGCUGAGUUCGAGGAGGCUGUGGAUACUGGAAUCAAUCCAGGAAAUCACAGCUAUAAGGUUGACUGCGUCAUGGUAGUGUGGGUUGGUCUGAGACUCUGGGUGCAAAAUUCUAAUAUGGAUUACCGAGUGCCUUAUGGAACCAGAUCUAUGUUCAAUUGAAUUAGUACUUGCUUAUGUGAAUCUUAGCCUAGGGUUGAGCCAAACUGGUUUGGUCGACCAGGACCCGAUCAAAGUUGGACCCCGGUUUGAGUUCCUACAUCCUGAUGAUAUCUGUAAGUAAAGCAUGCCCUAUUGGCUAUUGUAUAGUUAAAGGUAUUCAACUGUAUAAUGACAUUUGAUGGUAGUAAAAGACAGUGCAGUAGAAGCGGUGUAUAGAAUACAGUGUAACAGAAACAGACUACUACAACGCAAGGAGGCAUAUGAUUAAGGGGAUCUGGAAUAAUUGAUGUCAUAAGCAAAUUCCAAGUAUCACAAUAUUUUAAAUUUCGAUGUGAAGGUUUUUAAUUUAAAUAUUACAAAAUGAAUGGUACAUGUGAAUUGUGAAUACUGAAUACAUGUAUUCUAACAACAUGCUUAAUUGCUUAUAUUAUAGCUAAAUUACUCUCAAACUAGCUUAAUU